AUGUUUCCUAGUCUUUCUCUCGGGCGACUGGGCAGCGUAUCGAAGCAGUCUGCGUUGUCUCUGCUGCAGCAGCUGCAGCAGCGGUGGCUGAGAGGAGACACAAGGGCUGCUGCUGCUGCUGCUGCUGCAGCAGCAGCAGCAGCAGCUGCUGCUGCGCAUACACCCGGGGAGCCCUUCUCUCCCCUUCUCUCUAGCGACAGCGAGGAGGAGACGCAUACACCCGGGGAGCCCUUCUCUCCCCUUCUCUCUAGCGACAGCGAGGAGGAGACAGCAGCAGCAGCAGCAGCAGCAGCAGCUGCGCAUACACCCGGGGAGCCCUUCUCUCCCCUUCUCUCUAGCGACAGCGAGGAGGAGACAGGAGACACCCCACACCCCCCAGCUGUCUCCGCUGUCUCUGCUGUCUCCUCUGUCCCUUCAACUCCUCAGCAGCAGAGACAAGCCAGCGAGACAGAGACAGAGACAGAAACAGAAAACACAAAAAAAAUAAAUAAAGACAACACGCACAGCAGCAGCAGCAGAUCACCCAAAGCAGCAACCUCUGUAGAGACCAUACCCAGCACCGCCAGCUUCAACACAGACACAGCCAGAGAUACUCUCCAUCCCCAUCCUCAGCAGCAGCAGCAGCAGGAACAGCAGCAGCAGCAGGAACAGCAGCAGCACCACGAGCAGCAGCAGCAGCACGAGCAGGAGCAGCACCACGAGCAGCACGAGCAGCACAACGAGCAGCACGAGCAGCAGCCAGCAGCAGCAGCAGCAGGAACAGCAGCAGCAGCAGGAACAGCAGCAGCACCACGAGCAGGAGCAGCAGCACGAGCAGGAGCAGCACCACGAGCAGCACGAGCAGCACAACGAGCAGCACGAGCAGCAGCACGAGCAGCAGCAGCAGCAGCAGCAGCAGCAGCAGCAGCAGGGGGAGCCGGGGCCCGGUGUUUCUCCGCGGGUGCGGCCCAGACCGAAGAGGAUACAGCGGGGGCCCUGGGCCCACCAGUACCACGACGUAGAGGGCAGGACCUUCCGCGCAUACUCCCGCGGCAAUGCAGAGUAGUUCGUGCUGCUGCAGCAGCAGCAGCAGCAGCAGCAGCUUUCUGCUGCUAG